AUGGAUGUAGAAUUUGUUGGAGGAAAGUAGGAAUUCCUAGAAGAUAGUAUCAUAUACUCAAUUGCCAGAGUUUUAGAUGAAAUCGUUAGAGAGACAGACAUAAUUGAGAGUCCAUAACAAACUGUAUUUCAUACAAAUAAAAAACCUUCAAUAAGUCUUGCAAAGUACUUGGAGCGUAUUUAAAUGUACUCUUAUUGCAGCAAUGAAUGCUUCAUCUUGGCAUUAAUCUAUAUAGACAGAAUCUAAGAAAAGAACCAAGAUGUUGUUAUCAAUAGUUUUUGUGUUCAUAGGUAUAAAAAGAUCUCUAUAUUAGAUUUAUGUUCGCUUGCAUCCUUCUUAGCAUUAAAUAUAAUGAUGAUGAUUACUAUAAGAAUGAUUACUAUGCCAAAGUCGGAGGAAUCACAAUCAACGAGUUAAACAAAUUAGAAUAAGAACUGUUAAUAAUGCUCGAUUACGAGCUUUAUGUUAGUUAAAAACAAUACUACUUUUACAAGGAUAAAUUGAUGAAAUACGCAGAACUAUGA